CCUGUGUUAUGAGCAUUGAGCAAGCUUCCUGCUCUGUCGACCAUCCAAGACUUCGACCAAAAUGAAAUCCUUGCUGUUUUCCGCGAACGUUUUGCUUCUGGUUGUACUAUGGGCAAUCUUCGAAGGCGAAAUCGCAGAAGCCAGAAAGGAUGGUUACAAAUACUGCAAGCCAAAGAACGGAUUGCGUCGUCGAAGAGACUCGGAGCCUGACAGCGGAGAUUAUAUGAUUCCUUACGAGGGGCCUGAUUCGGAUGAAGUUAGCGAGAGGAGCAGUGACAAAAAGGGCCAUAAAGGUGGCGAGAAGCCGCGUGUAGAGUGCACAGGAAACGGCGAUUGCAAAAAGAAGUGCGAAUGUCGGGAUGAUGGAAGCGGGACCAAAUUUUGCAUGCGUCUACGCAAGACUGGUGACCGGAACGAGUUGGACCUUGCAGAGUAGCAUCAGUCUGCAAGCCUGACUAUUGCAUUCACAGAGCAAUAAACUUAUCCUCUGUGACAAA